AUGAAGGCUGUUCGUAAUUUGCUGAUUUAUAUAUUUUCCACCUAUCUACUGGUUAUGUUUGGAUUUAAUGCUGCCCAAGACUUCUGGUGUUCCACGCUGGUGAAGGGGGUCAUUUAUGGAUCGUAUUCUCUAAGUGAAAUGUUUCCUAAAAACUUUACAAACUGCACUUGGACGCUGGAAAAUCCAGAUCCGACCAAAUAUAGUAUUUACCUGAAAUUUUCCAAAAAGGACUUCAGCUGCUCCAACUUUUCCCUUUUGGCUUAUCAAUUUGAUCAUUUUUCCCAUGAAAAAAUAAAGGAUCUUUUAAAAAAUAACCAUUCUAUAAUGCAGCUCUGCGAUUCCAAGAAUGCUUUUGUAUUUCUGCAAUAUGAUAAGAAUUUUAUUCAGAUACGCCGGGUCUAUCCCAUCGAUUUCCCAGGAUUACACAAAAAGGAAGAAGACCAAAAAUCCUUCUUUGAGUUUUUGGUGUUGAAUAAGGUGAGCCCGAGCCAGUUUGGUUGCCAUGUAUUGUGCACUUGGCUAGAGAACUGCCUGAAAUCCGAGAACGGGAGAACUGAGUCCUGUGGGAUCAUGUAUACAAAAUGUACCUGCCCUCAGCAUUUGGGAGAAUGGGGAAUAGACGACCAGUCCCUGGUGUUGCUCAGCAAUGUGGUGCUGCCCCUCAAUGAGCAGACGGAGGGGUGUCUGACCCAGGAGCUGCAAACUACCCAGGUCUGCAACCUUAGCAAAGAAGCUAAACGGCCGCCAAAAGAAGAAUUUGGAAUGAUGGGAGAUCAUACAAUUAAAAGUCAGCGACCUCGAUCUGUUCAUGAGAAAAGGGUCCCUCAGGAACAAGCUGAUGCUGCUAAAUUUAUGGCACAAACUGGUGAAUCUGGUGUUGAAGAGUGGGCCCAAUGGAGCACAUGUUCAGUUACUUGUGGUCAAGGGUCGCAGGUGCGAACCAGAACUUGUGUAUCACCUUACGGGACACACUGCAGCGGCCCUUUAAGAGAAUCAAGGGUUUGCAAUAACACUGCCCUCUGUCCAGUACAUGGAGUUUGGGAAGAGUGGUCACCUUGGAGUUUGUGUUCAUUCACAUGUGGUCGAGGCCAAAGAACAAGAACAAGGUCAUGUAUACCUCCCCAGUAUGGGGGAAGAUCGUGUGACGGACCUGAAACACAACAUAAACCUUGCAAUAUUGCUCUCUGCCCCGUUGAUGGACAGUGGCAAGAGUGGAGUUCAUGGAGUCAGUGCUCAGUGACGUGUUCCAAUGGCACCCAGCAGAGAAGUCGACAGUGCACUGCGGCUGCUCAUGGAGGUUCUGAAUGCAGAGGUCCUUGGGCUGAAAGCAGGGAGUGCCAUAACCCAGAAUGUACAGCUAACGGUCAGUGGAACCAAUGGGGUCACUGGAGUGGAUGUUCCAAGUCAUGUGAUGGUGGCUGGGAAAGGCGAAUAAGGAUUUGUCAAGGUGCAGCUGUGACUGGGCAACAGUGUGAAGGAACUGGUGAGGAGAUCAGACGAUGCAGUGAACAGAGGUGCCCUGCACCUUAUGAAAUAUGUCCUGAAGAUUAUUUGAUGUCAAUGGUGUGGAAAAGGACCCCAGCUGGUGACAUGGCAUUCAAUCGAUGUCCUCUCAAUGCCACAGGCACCACUAGCAGACGCUGCUCUCUCAGUGUUCAUGGAGUGGCCUUCUGGGAACAUCCAAGCUUUGCUAGAUGCAUAUCAAAUGAGUACAGACACUUGCAGCAUUCAAUUAAAGAGCAUCUUGCCAAAGGACAGAGGAUGCUGGCUGGUGAUGGAAUGUCCCAGGUGACCAAAACGCUAUUGGAUUUAACUCAGAGGAAAAACUUUUAUGCAGGGGAUCUUCUGAUUUCUGUGGAAAUUCUCAGAAAUGUGACAGACACAUUUAAAAGGGCAAGUUAUAUCCCUGCAUCUGAUGGUGUCCAGAACUUCUUUCAAAUAGUUAGUAAUCUGCUUGAUGAAGAGAACAAAGAGAAAUGGGAAGAUGCACAGCAGAUCUAUCCAGGAUCAGUGGAGCUAAUGCAGGUGAUUGAAGAUUUUAUACACAUUGUUGGAAUGGGGAUGAUGGACUUUCAGAAUUCAUACCUAAUGACUGGAAAUGUAGUGGCUAGCAUUCAGAAGCUUCCUGCAGCAUCUGUUCUAACAGACAUCAAUUUCCCAAUGAAAGGAAGGAAAGGAAUGGUUGACUGGGCAAGAAACUCAGAAGACAGGGUUGUCAUUCCAAAAAAUAUCUUCACUCCUAUGUCAUCAGAACUAGAUGAAUCCACUGUAUUUGUGCUUGGAGCAGUGCUGUACAAAAAUUUAGAACUUAUUUUGCCCACUUUAAGAAAUUUUACUGUUGUUAAUUCCAAAAUCAUUGUCGUCACUAUAAGGCCUGAACCCAAAACAGCGGAUUCAUUUCUAGAGAUAGAGUUAGCACAUCUGGCUAAUGGCACAUUGAAUCCCUAUUGUGUGCUGUGGGAUGAUUCAAGAAUGAACGACUCUUUGGGAACCUGGUCCACCCAGGGAUGUAAAACUGUGCUUACCGAUGCAUCCCAUACGAAAUGCUUAUGUGAUCGUCUCUCUACCUUCGCCAUUUUGGCUCAGCAACCUAGAGAAAUAAUCAUGGAAUCAUCUGGCACCCCCUCAGUAACCCUAAUAGUAGGCAGUGGUCUCUCAUGCUUGGCUUUGAUCACCCUCGCAGUUGUCUAUGCAGCACUAUGGAGGUACAUCAGAUCUGAGAGGUCAAUAAUUCUAAUUAAUUUCUGCCUAUCUAUUAUCUCAUCAAAUAUUCUUAUACUGGUUGGACAAACUCAGACACAUAAUAAGGGCAUCUGCACCACGACCACCGCAUUUUUACACUUCUUCUUCUUAGCUUCGUUCUGUUGGGUUUUGACAGAAGCGUGGCAGUCGUACAUGGCUGUUACUGGAAAAAUUAGGACACGACUCAUAAGGAAACGCUUUUUGUGCCUUGGAUGGGGUUUACCAGCAUUAGUAGUGGCAAUAUCAAUAGGCUUUACCAAGACGAAAGGAUAUGGAACAUCUCACUACUGCUGGCUGUCUCUCGAAGGAGGACUACUCUAUGCAUUUGUUGGGCCUGCGGCUGCUGUUGUCUUGGUCAACAUGGUGAUUGGCAUUUUGGUAUUUAAUAAACUUGUUUCCAGAGAUGGGAUCCUAGAUAAAAAGCUCAAACACAGAGCGGGUCAGAUGAGUGAGCCUCAUAGCGGUUUGACGCUCAAAUGUGCCAAGUGUGGAGUAGUUUCAACAACAGCUUUGUCAGCCACCACCGCCAGUAAUGCCAUGGCAUCCCUUUGGAGUUCCUGUGUUGUGUUGCCUCUUCUGGCUCUGACGUGGAUGUCUGCAGUUCUGGCCAUGACAGACAAAAGAUCAAUAUUAUUUCAGAUACUCUUUGCAGUAUUUGAUUCAUUGCAAGGCUUUGUUAUUGUCAUGGUCCACUGCAUUCUCCGAAGGGAGGUUCAAGAUGCAUUUAGAUGUCGAUUAAGAAACUGCCAAGAUCCAAUCAAUGCAGAUUCUUCGAGCUCUUUUCCUAAUGGACAUGCUCAAAUCAUGACAGAUUUUGAAAAAGAUGUGGACAUUGCUUGUCGGUCAGUUCUACAUAAGGAUAUUGGACCAUGCAGAGCAGCUACAAUAACAGGAACACUUUCUAGGAUUUCACUAAAUGAUGAUGAAGAAGAGAAAGGAGCAAACCCUGAAGGUAUGAGCUAUUCAACACUGCCUGGAAACAUCAUUUCCAAAGUCAUCAUUCAGCAGCCCGCAGGCCUCCACAUGCCUAUGAGCAUGAGUGAGCUGGCCAAUCAGUGUUUGAAAAAAGACAACAGUGAGUUGCGGCGGACUGUGUAUUUAUGCACUGAUGAUAACUUGAGAGGUGCAGAUAUGGACAUAAUCAAUCCUCAAGAACGGAUGAUGGAAAGUGACUAUAUUGUCAUGCCCAGAGGUUCAAUAAACACCCAGCAAUCAUUGAAAGAUGAGAGCAAAUUGAAUAUAGGCAUGGAUACCUUGCCUCAUGAAAGGCUGUUGCACUAUAAAGUUAAUCCGGAAUUCAGCAUGAAUCCCUCUGUAAUGGACCAAUUCAAUAUCAAUUUAGAUCAGCAUCUUCCCACCCAGGAACAUAUGCAGAAUUUGCCCUUUGAGCCCCGCACAGCAGUAAAGAACUUCAUAGCCUCCGAGUUGGAUGACAAUGCGGGAUUAGCAAGAAGCGAAACUGGAUCCACAAUAUCAAUGAGUUCUUUAGAGAGAAGAAAAUCACGUUAUUCGGACCUUGACUUUGAAAAGGUCAUGCAUACGAGGAAGAGGCACAUGGAAUUGUUUCAGGAAUUAAAUCAGAAAUUUCAGACUCUGGACAGAUUUCGGGACGUACCAAAAUCAGGAAGUAUGGAAAACCCAACACCAAACAAGGCUCCAUGGGACAGUUUCAAAAACACGAAUGAAUACCAACACUAUACCACAAUAAACGUAUUAGAUACGGAGGCAAAAGAUGCUUUAGAACUAAGACCAGCAGAAUGGGAGAAGUGUCUGAACUUGCCUUUAGAUGUGCAGGAAGGGGACUUUCAAACAGAAGUUUAA